AUGGCAAGCUCAAGUACAGCAUUAAUUACAACAACAAUAACAGCUAUCUCAUCACCAGCUACUAUGGCGCCACAUUCCAUCAGGAAACGCAAAGAGCCCUCUGACCCUCUUACUCAGCAUAACACUCAGCUGUCAAAGAAACGACGAUAUAAAAAGAAACAAAGACAAAGAAAAAUAGAAGACAAGCAGUAUAGCACGGCAAGUACGAUCAUAGAUUUAACUAUAGCAGCAAUGGCGACUACCUCAUCGUCAAUUAUUAUGGUAUCACACUCCGUUGCCACCUCAGGACCUGUUCCUCGUCAUGUUACUGUCAAAAAGACCCAACCGAACCUAAUCAGCAACAGUAUUGGUGGCAAUAACAGUGACGUCAAAGAUGCUGCCACUAAAGCCUUGACAACCUUUACUUCUGGAUCAAGUGCCUUCCGUGCUAGAAAUAUUAUGGAAAGCUAUACCCGAAUGGUCCCACCGUCGUUAAAUGCCAACACAGCUAAUGGCGCGUCGUCGUCCUCGUCGUGGACGCGGUCAUUCAAGUAUAACAACUGCAGCCCCAACACUGUUGUCAAAUGCCCAUACAGCUAA